AGAGAGAGAGAGAGAGAAGAGAGAGAGAGAGAGAGAGAGGCACAUGAUCAGGAGUGAGGCAUGAAGCCUUGCCGCCCGGUGCCGAACAACGCCUUGGAAGCCAGCCCCAUUGGGCGCCAAUGGACUUUCUUUCAAGAGGAAGGAAGAGCAAUGUCCCGGCUGUCCUUAACGCGCUCCCCGGUUUCGCCCCUGGCCGCUCAAGGGAUCCCUCUGCCGGCGCAGCUCACCAAGUCCAAUGCGCCCGUCCACAUCGACGUAGGAGGACACAUGUACACCAGCAGCCUGGCCACCCUCACCAAGUACCCCGACUCCAGAAUAAGCCGCCUGUUUAAUGGCACGGAGCCCAUUGUCUUGGACAGUUUGAAACAGCAUUAUUUCAUCGACCGAGACGGCGAAAUUUUCAGAUACAUCUUGAGCUUCUUGAGGACGUCGAAGCUGCUCCUCCCCGAAGAUUUCAAGGACUUCCACCUUUUGUAUGAAGAGGCCCGCUACUACCAGUUGCAGCCGAUGAUCAAGGAGCUGGAGCGGUGGAAGCAGGAGCGGGAGCAGAAGAAGCACUUCCAGCCCUGCGACUGCCUGGUGGUGCGGGUCACGCCGGACCUCGGCGAGCGCAUCGCCCUCAGCGGGGAGAAGGCCCUCAUCGAGGAGAUCUUCCCGGAGACCGGGGACGUCAUGUGCAACUCCGUCAACGCCGGGUGGAACCAGGACCCCACCCACGUCAUCCGCUUCCCCCUCAACGGCUACUGCCGGCUCAAUUCCGUCCAGGUCCUGGAGCGGUUAUUCCAGAAGGGCUUCACCGUGGCGGCGUCCUGCGGCGGAGGGGUGGACUCCUCCCAGUUCAGCGAGUACGUUUUAUGCCGCGAAGACCGGCGGCCGCAGCCCAACUCGGCCAUCAGGAUAAAGCAAGAGCCCCUGGACUGAAGGACUCCUGGACUCCGCUCCCCUUCUUUCCGUUGUGAACGUAGACGUGUUGAAUCCUAGUCCCUUUCGACGGAGUUUUGGCAAGACAGUAUUAUGGUGGGCGCCGUCUUCGGAGCAUCCGGAGACGACUCUUUCGGACAAUGGCGGAAGCAACGACGCAACUACGUUGUGUUCCUCGAGCCUGGUGUUUUGUGGGAUUGUGUCGCCGCCAAUGUGGGAGCUCCGCCAAUGCCAAGAGUGACCCUUUGACUGGACGUUGAUUGGGAAAUGUGUAUCAUUUUUGAAGGAUGGCUCCAGGCACCUUUCUGGAGGACAGGAUCCUCCUCUUCUUCCUCCUCCUCCUCCGCUCUCAAUGGCUCCAAGAGCCGGAAGGAAGCUUGGCGUUGCGUGGAGUUGUCUUCUCUUCCUUCCCGUCUCCUUCCAAACGUGCUUUUAACUCCUCCGUUUCUUCCCCGUUGUAUGUCGCCGACGGUUUCCCCCCCUUUUGCCCGUUGUAUCAAAUGGCUUAUUUUUCUACAAACGCUUCCCGUUCUCCGUCUUCAGGGACCGAUCCAUGUUCUCUUCUGGUGCUGAACUCAUUUUUUGGAAACUUCUCCGUCCCACUUUGAGACAUCCUAUGGGGAGGGGAAUGGGGAAAUAACGUUUCGCCAAUUGCUCCAAGAACAUUUACAUUUUGGAAACGGAGACUCCAACGAGGUUGCUCGACAUUAAACCGACCCUGUCAUGGAGGCCAA